GUUGUAGAAUUGCGUCAGUAAGAGCUCCACUUCCUACCGUGACUUAACGCCGAGAGAAGGCCGCCAUGGCUCGUGGGCAGCAGAAGAUUCAAUCUCAACAGAAGAACGCAAAGAAAGCUGCUGAGAAGAAGAAAUCUCAAGGGGCAGAUCACAAGACUACAGCCAAAGCAGCACUGGUCUACACAUGUCCUGUCUGCAGGACACAGAUGCCAGACCCCAAGACUUUUAAACAGCAUUUUGAAAGCAAACACCCAAAGUCUUCAAUGCCUCCUGAGCUGGCGGAUGUGCAAGUUUAAAUGACACAAGAUAUGAACAUGGACCUAAAACAGGGAAUCAUAGACCAUGGACCAGGUGUGGACAGGAUGACAAGAGAGUUUAGGAUGAACUCAAGCACACCAGCACUCAUUUUUUUAUUUGUAAUAUUUUUAUAUGUGCAUAUUGCCUCCAUCUUUUCUAAGUGUGCAGUGUCUCUCUCAUUGUCAUGUGCUGUAACUCUCCAUAUUUAUUCACCACUAAUGUCACAACAUCUUUUCCCCCUUGUCCAUGGUGUUUUUAUGCCUGUAAAGUUUAAUUUUCAGAUUAUUAUUCGGUGCUGUCCACCAUAUUUUCUAAAAGAUAUCAGAAAAUGCCUGUAAAUGCCCUGGUCUUUUAAUUGUGAAACAAUUGAGAGACGCACCUCUUUGUGUAUUAUUAAUAAUAGUGACCAGGAUUUGGGAUUGAAUUGCAUUGAUUGACAUGCUUAAAAUGAACACAUGCGGUUAGAAAUGUACCUGUUGAAGUAGACAGAAUUAUAUGAUGUUGAGUCAGUGCCCAUGCUAUUGUUACUUUUUCUAAAGAUUUCAAUAAAUGUAUAUGCAUAUAAUUAAUGUCUGCCAUGAUUACUCGCAAGAACAUCUACAGGAAUGUUACAUUUGGAUACUAUUUUUUUUUUUUUUCUGCUAGAAAUUUUAGGUUCUGUGAUUCUAGAUAGGAUUACUUGAUAUAAACAGCAUGAUAAUUGUAAAAUCAUGAACUGAAAUAUGUCUGCAUAUGUUACAAUCACUAAAUUCACUAUGUGAAAAAGCCUUUUAGCACUGAAUUUAUUUCAGUCAAGCUUUUGAGAAAUUUAGUCAACAUAUGCUUAAUUUUCAUAAGCUCACUGAAACUGCAAUUUUCUCAAUAAAUGCAUUUUGACUAUGUAUGCAGGCCU